AUGGCCGAGCCAAGGAGAACUUUAUCCGAUUUUGAGAGGCUACAAUUUACCGGGGAAGAAAUUAGUGUGCAAGCACCUACUGUUCUGGCCAAUAAUUUUGAGAUCAAGAUCAACUCUGUAUCUGAUGAUGCCAUUAGGUUGAGAUUAUUUCCAUUCAGUCUGAGAGGAGCGGUAUACAGAUGGCUCACUUCUUUAGCUCUUGGUUCCAUCACCACAUGGAAAGACAUGGUGGAGAAGUUCCUUGCUAGAUAUUUCCCACCAAGCAAGGCAGUGAGACUGAGACAAGAGAUUUCAUCCUUCAGGCAAGGGGACACCGAGACAUUGUUUGAGGCACAUGAACGGUUUAAGGAUCUUCUACGCAUGUGUCCUCAUCAUGGAUUCCAUGCAUGGAUGAGGGUGCAGAUGCUUUGUAAUGGGCUGAAUUAUGCUACAAGGCAGCUCAUCGAUGCAUCAGCUGGUGGUUCUUUGAGCAACAAACUCCCCGAAGAAGCUGAGACAUUAUUCGAGAACAUGGCUAGCAAAGAAUGUCAUUGGAGCACCAAACAAAAGGUACCAAGGGCAAAAGGGUUGUACGAGGUGAAUGAAACCACUGCUUUGGCUGCAAAAGUGGAUGCUUUGACCAAGAGUGUCAUGGAUAACAAUGCAUUAGCCGCAAAGAUUGAAGCUUUGACACAGAGAUUUGAUCAGUUCAUGUUGGGUUCUGGCUCAAGUCCUAAGGCAGUGAUGCCAUAUGAAACAUGUGGUGCUGGGCAUACAACAACCCAGUGCCCCAUUCUUGUUGCUUCCCCUGCACCGACUGAGUCAGUAGAGUACGUCAGUGGAGGACCAAGGGGUCCAGGAAAUGCUUUUGGCAACAUUUACAACCCGGGGUGGAAGAACCAUCCAAAUUUCUCUUGGAACCAAGGUCAGUCACAACAAAGACCACCACCAGCUCAAAGUCCUCAGUUUCAGCCCCAACAACCACAAGACAGGAAAUAUACCACUGAAGAUGUGUUAGCAAAGUUCAUGAUUAAUACUGAGGCAAGAUUUCAGAAUAUUAACAAUCAUUUAACACAGCAUGGGGGACAGUUCAGUGAGAUAAGCACUGUGUUGAGAAAUCUUCAAGCGUCUAUGCAAUCUCUUGAGAACCAGUUUGAGGCAAGGGCCAAGGAGAGCCCAGGUGCCUCCAAUGACGGGGUAGCCAUUCGGGAAGACCCUAGUUCAGGUGAGAAUGCGAGUGAAAAGAGUGAGAAGAAGCCUGAUGAAGAUGUUCCUAAGUCUCCGAUCCGGGGGGGCCUGAGUAUAAGCCUGUAG